AUGGCCCCAAAGUCUAAGAACCAGGAAAACAUUUCCGCCAAGUUGUCCUUGACCAUCAAGUCUGGUAAGUACACCUUGGGCUACAAGUCUACCAUCAAGUCUAUCAGACAGGGUAAGGCUAAGUUGAUCAUCAUCGCCGGUAACACUCCAGUCUUGAGAAAGUCUGAGUUGGAAUACUACGCCAUGUUGUCCAAGACCAACGUCUACUACUACCAAGGUGGUAAUAACGAGUUGGGUACCGCCUGUGGUAAGUUCUUCAGAGUUGGUGUCUUGGCCAUUUUGGACGGUGGUGACUCUGAUCUUUUGACCGCUGUCGCUUAA